CAAUAAUGGCCGAAAGUAUGCAAGAGCGGGAUGAUGUUCUCACCUGUUCGAUAUGCAUGGAAAGAUUCCGGAAACCAGUAAUGCUAACCUGUCAGCACAGUUUCUGUAGGGAAUGCAUUGCUUUAUAUGCUGAGAAGUCUAAACCUGUACAGACAGAUGAGACCUCCGGCAGCACUGGGAAUGAGGACGUUCAUCAGCUGAUAGCAUGCCCUGUGUGUCGGUCACCCACCAGUCUGGGGAGAAAAGGUGUAGCUGGUCUGCCUCCCAACUUUCAGCUGGCAGAAGUUGUGCAGAGGUUCUCAUCUGGUGUAACUGUUGAGGAUGACGCCCCAUAUUGUUCUCUGUGUGAGGAAGGUAAUCACGUCAAAGCUGUCAAGUUUUGUACCAACUGUGGUGUGUUCUACUGUGAGGAAUGUCUUGCUAUUUGUCACCCAAUGAGGGGUCCUCUGAAACGUCACCAACUGAUUUCACCCCUGGAGUACCUCUCUCAGGAAACCUCACAAGGUCAAGUCAACAGGGACCACCAAUCAACCCAGCAGCCGUCGUGUGCGAGACAUGGUCAGCCAUUCGGCUUGUACUGUGAACCGUGUCGGAUGGUGAUCUGUAUGGGGUGUGUGGUUGAGCAUCAGGGACACGCUAUGCGGGAUAUACCAUCAGCAGCUGAGAAUGAAAAGCCAGGUGUUUUGAGCAGGACUAAUGAACUGGAGAAAGUCUUAGGCGAAACUAAGGAAUCACUGUCAGGAGUUCUGAGGCUGCACAGUAAGAUACAGGAAAACCAGGAACUUCACACUGAGGAGGUAGAAAAGGCUUAUUGUGCAGCCCUGGAAGCUUUACAAGCCUGGAGGCAGCACUCCUUAGAUGGCAUAAGAACCCGCUAUUCACAGUGGAGUGUGGAGUGUAGUGCUAUACUCAAACAUUUACAGCUACAGGCCCAGGAAAUGGAGAGGAUGGUACAGGCUUCCAAUGAUUUAUUAGCAUCAAUGGACGUGGAGUUUUUGCAGGGUUCCACGGACUUCACCAAAACGUAUGUAUAAAUGUGUUAUACCUCCCCAUGUUUGUUAUACAUGCGCACGUGACUAUUGUCAGCAGAUGUGAUUCUGUAAGCUGUAGUUGUCCAAAACAUGACUCAAGUGUGAGAUAUAUCUAAUGUUCAAUCUUACUUUUCUCCAGACAAAUUAGAUCUAAACUACUAGGAAUAGUACAUCAUGGCAUUCUUAUAACUGCGCGGACACAAGAUCACUACACAACUGUGUCUCUUUAUUUUCUCUCCUCUUCUCGCAGGACUGAUGACCAGCUGAAUGGGAUAAGAGCAGAUCUGGAGAAACAUGAGGUCAGCAGACGGAAGCUUCUAGCUUCUGUCCAAUAUGACCAAGUUGUUCCUAGACAGGUGACUGUGAAAGAAACAGUGCAAGAAUGUCAGGACUUAGAAGCAGCAGUCGGUGGACAAAUAUCUCCCCUACGUGUUACAAGUAAGUUCUUAUGUAUAAAAGGCAUACAGUAGGGUGUGAUUAGACGACAUAAAGAACUGAAGCGUUUACAUUAGUGUGUGCAUCGAAGACACAAACAAAAAUGGAGAGGGCGAACGGCUGUCUACUUGCAAAACACACGAUAGACUGUGUUAAGAAAUCAAACCGAUAUGUCGUGGGCGUGCCAAGAAAAUGAACAGUAUUCCAAGAGACACGAAAGUGAGAAGAGUUUACAAAAAGUACAGAUAGUAUAAACCAUACACAUUAAUGAUAGGCAAGAGA